AUGUUGAUCAAAGGCGAGAAGUGGGCUUGCGAGGCCUGUAUCCGAGGGCAUCGUGUCAGCAAUUGCCAACAUGCAGAUCGGCCCUUGAGUCACAUAAAUAAGAAAGGUCGCCCGGUUUCGCAAUGCCCUCACUGUCGAGGUUUGCGCAAGUCGCGCACAACUCACACCAAGUGCGAAUGUGGCGAGAAAGGCCAUACAAAAGCUGAAUGUCCGACGAAGGAGGCAAGCGAUAAUCAAGUUGGAAAUCGAAAGCAGUGCUGCUGUGGCCAUGGCUCCCGCUGCACUUGUGCCAACAAAAGAGAUUCCAACCUCGAAACCGUUCCCGAGGUGGGCCCCCCUCGCAGCAGAGCAUCCUCCAACCUGGGUCAGAAACGCCCUCACUUUGCAACUACUAAAGCGGAUGACGCGCUUUCCGGUUUCCCGACCCGCCACACUAAGAAUAGAGUCAACGACACAUGUAAACGAGGGGUCCCUUACUCAAUUCCUAGGUCCCAUACUGUUCAUGCUUCAUCAGACAUCGCGCGCCAUUCGGCGGACCAUCUUCCCUUACCCGAAACUGGUAUCGAGCAAGACGGGACCCUGGCUGUGGAUUCGAUUACAAAGGUAGCUUUCCCAGUCCGUCUGGUAAGGUCGGAACAUGGAUCACCCGCCAAUGCUCCCUUGCUUGGAAUUGAGGAUAUGAAUAACGGAAUUCCCCAUCUCGAUAUUUCCGUUGCUCCGUUGGACCCAACGAAUUCAACUCCAGGUUUGUUUGAUCGUCAAGACCAGAGUCUUGACCAAUUCUAUUCUCCGGAGACGGAAGCAUUUCCAGAGACGCCCAAUUUCAAUGUUCCCCCAGUGGACUGGUCCACAUUUGGUUUGCCCUUCAACCCCAGCGACCUCCACACUACAUUCAGCCAGCCACCCUCGUACGCAAGCUUUGACAACAGCAAUUUCAGUCACUCCAACCUCACCCAUUCUUCGUCGGGAGAACUCUCAGAGGUCGAAGAUAUCAGCCUUGCCACUGGAAUAGGGAUGUCCAACCCUGACAAACUUGACGUCCUCAGCGCUAGCGAUGGAUCAGGGAAUGGCAUGUACCGUCUCAGCCCAUCGUCUUGUGUAGAUUUCUCUCAGUCACAAAUGCUGUCGCCGAGCGACCUCCAGUCAGUGGACAUCGAUGCCUUCCUCAAGGCUGGUGCUGCGCUUAGCCAGCCACCACAACCCUUUGACAUAAUCGCGACAUCGCCAGGGGUGAGGUUAAACUCCUACCAGGUCCCUCAAGACUACUCUUCUGCAGAUAGUCAGACCUUCAGUACAACGGCUGGCGACGAUAGCCUGCUGGUCUCACAAGAAGGAGCGUUUGUGUCCACGGAACCUAACACUUUCAUGUGGGAUCCGGCCACCUAUUCGAUCACCGCUUCUGCAAACCAAGAUGAUAUCCCUCUUCAACAACACACCCAGUGGUUUUAA